UUAUUAUUAUUUUUUUUAAUGAAUAAACAAAUGGGAAGAGAAAGAUUGAUAUUCCCGAGUGUUUUCGCCAUUGUUGGAGCUUCAGUCUUCAGCCGAAACGCCUGAUUUCCCCUCUCGGUUGCCGAUAAGAUGAAGGAGUUCUCUUGGUGUGUCUUGCUAGGGGUGUUGGCAUGGUUCGUGAUUGGCUUGAACGCUAGUGCUGGCGAUAUUGACCUACAAUACAGGACUUGCAUAAAACACUGUGAAGAAACAGGAUGCAUUGAUCAGCAAUGCUUUCCUCAGUGCAAAUUCUCUUCAGAUGGCGUUUCUGUUGAUCAGCCAUGGUAUAUGCAAGAACCACUUUACAUAAGGUGGAAGCAAUGGGACUGCCAAAGUGAUUGCCGUUACCAUUGCAUGGUCAAACGAGAGGGCGAAAGAGAAGCACUUGGCUAUCAUCCUGUUAAAUAUCAUGGCAAAUGGCCCUUCAAGCGUAUAUAUGGAAUCCAGGAACCCGUUUCUGUAGCAUUCUCUGCUCUGAACCUUUCAAUGCAUUUUCAUGGCUGGCUGUCCUUUUUUAUCCUUCUAUAUUAUAAGUUACCUUUGAGACAAGACAGGAAGGCACAUUAUGAAUUUGCCAGUUUGUGGCACAUUUAUGCACUCUUUGCAAUCAACUCUUGGUUUUGGAGUGCUGUUUUCCACAGUCGUGAUGUGGUUCUGACAGAGAAAUUAGAUUACUCAUCUGCUGUGGCAUUACUUGGGUUUUCACUCAUUCUAGCAAUUCUAAGAAGUUUCAAUGCGAGGCAUGAGGCUACCAGAGUCAUGGUUGCAGCUCCUUUGCUUGCUUUUGCACUUACGCAUAUCUUAUACAUCAACUUUUACGAACUUGAUUAUGGGUGGAACAUGAUUGUCUGUGUUACCAUGGGGUUGUCUCAACUUCUGAUCUGGGCAAUCUGGGCCGGUGUCACCCACCAUCCUUCCCGGUGGAAAGUGUGGAUGGUGGUUGUGGGCGGUGGGCUAGCAUUACUACUGGAAAUCUAUGAUUUUCCACCAUAUGAAGGGCUCGUAGAUGCUCAUGCUCUGUGGCACGCCACAACCAUCCCUCUGACCUGUGUGUGGUGGAGUUUCAUCAGAGAUGAUGCUGAGUUUCAGACCUCCAAUCUUCUCAAGAAGGCCAAGUAAGCCUGUUCUUGUUUGAUAGGGGUGUUACAGGAGCUUACAGUCUGUUCCCCUUCCCUUCCAUUCAUUUGAAACUGGAAAAGAAAGAUCAGGCGUUGUUGUAUAACAAAUGUUGCAGUUUUUAGGAGAACGAGGCUGAGAAGCCUGUAUUGUACCA